UGUAGAUGGGCAAAAGGUUUGGGCAGACCCACAAUCAGAACAAAUUCAUGCUCGCAUGCAAGAGCUUAUUCAUCAGCAAGAGCAGCAACAAGACCUAGAGAGUGAUAAUCAAAUGACAUCUGAUGAGAUCUUGACAACUGUUCUUGGUAAGAGGUCAGGAUAUGUGAGAGGGAAAGGCUAUGGAGCACAGCCUUCAAGAAAGAGGGAUUUCUCCCAAUUUGAUAAUGAAUCAUUGGUGGAGACCGUGCGCCAACAAUUACAAGAAGAAUUUGAAAGACGGUUUGAUGCUGAGCGGGAAAAGAUGGAAGCAAAUCUUGCAGCAGAGCGUGCACGGAUGGAAGAAGAGCGGACACAGCUUGAGCAAAGAAUAGAACAGUUGAUGGAGCAAAGAAUACAGGCACAAUUAGCUGCCUUGAUUCCUUCUAUGCAACAGGCACAACAUCAAGAGGCACCUACAUCUACAUCAACUCCUUCAGUUGUUCCAUAA